AUGGCGAAUUCGCUCAAAAAUUUUUGGCAAAUUGGCAAAAAAAUCGUUUGCGUAGGUCGGAAUUAUAAGGAUCACGCAUUAGAAUUAGGCAAUGUAGUACCAAGGAAACCAAUAUUUUUUUUGAAAUCGACGAACAGCUACGUGAUAGAAGAUCAGCCGAUUUUAAUUCCACCUGGUUGUGUGAAUUUGCAUCAAGAAGUAGAACUUGGUGUUGUGAUUGGUAAAUUGGCUAAAAAUGUAAAAUCUGUCGAUGCUUUUGACUAUAUUGGAGGAUACACGGUUGCUUUAGACAUGACUGCCAGAGAUUUACAGGAUGAAUUCAAAAAAGCAGGAAACCCAUGGUUCAUUGCCAAAUCUUUUGAUACUUCUUGCCCAAUCACAAAAUUUAUCGAUGUUAAAGAAAUUAUCGAUCCUCAUCAAGAAGAACUAUUUUGUAAAGUAAAUGGCAAGGAACAGCAACGAUGCAAAACGGACAAAAUGAUCUUCAACAUACCAUUUUUGCUUGAAUAUUUAACACAAUAUGUUACUUUACAAACAGGGGACUUGUUGUUAACAGGCACACCAGCUGGGGUAACUCAAGUGAAUUCUGGUGACAUACUCGAAUUUGGUUUAGAAGGCAAGUUAAGAGCUAAAUACAAGGUUUUAUGA